CGGAUACCUACUAUGUUCACGUUCGGCGUCCUUUCUGUUCCCCAUCCCUCGGGUCAAUAUCCAUCUACUUGCAGCGCGAUUCACGCGGAUGCCAUGACAUGUCACUGCCAUGCGACAUCGUAACCGAGGGAGAGGUUAAGGAUGGGUCGCAACGGACGUGUCUCCCCCGCGGGCUCUGCUAUGGGCUCUGCCGGAAUGUCGACGGACGCACGCAACUCUACCUACCUAUGGAUGCUGUCAGUGCAGAGUCGCAACCAGCCAACUACGACUUUUUGAAAGCUCUCUACUCGCCUCCAACUGCGGACAAUCAGCAGAUUAUCCAUGGCUUCACAUAUCCCCCCUCCUCGACCUGUCCAACACGCAAAACAAAUGAACAAUUCCUUGUGAAAUACCCGCUGUCUUACACCCCUCUCGCUCUGUCUUGCUGCCUACUGGUUGGCUGGGUGUCCGUGUCCCGAAGACUUGGCCAGUCAUCUGCCUUGAGCUUGGAACUGCCGUGUUCACAUCGCAAGGAUGACCAACUCGCCAAGAGAAACGCCAAGAAUAAUAGCCUGCCGCCGCGCAAAAGAUGCCGUUUUCUGGCCCUGGCUCUCUCACCGUCGACGUCAAUGGCUCUGUAUCAAUCGGCGGUCGAACCGUCGGAACAACGAGACAAGACGUAA